AUGAUCUUUGUCUGCAUUGCCUACGAAAAUGUCCAACAACAUACGGCUGGCUUUUUAGGAUUGCAAAUGGCCUUGAUUUUGGUCAGCAUUCAAAAUGCUGGCUAUGUGUGGGACACCGACAUCGCCUAUGAUAUUGGGAUCUUUGGAGAUACGGUCGAAAAGAAACGACGUGGCACUCGCAUUGCUGUGGUCGUGUACAUUAUUUGUACUGUCAUCAUUUCCAUUGUCAAGGUCAGUGCGACCGCAAAUCUCGUUUUAAGUGGGGAGGCCGCUCCAUGGACCAUGAAGGAAAGCUUCAUUUCGGGAGCCAUAGUGGGGCAAUUGGUGGAUUGGAUAUGGAUGGUAUUUAAUGCGGUCCUUCCACUCUUCAUUAGCUUUUACCGGUCUCGACAUGAACAACCAUUGGAAAUUACCAUUACGCAAGAUCAGUUCUAUGGAUGA